GUUGAUACAUUUGUUUGUUUGUUCCAGGUCAAACAAAAAAGUUGACUAUUCAGAUCCCAGAGAUUGUGACUUGUGGGGGCGGCUGCACCAUCUCAGUCUCUACCACUGGUGGUGUAGUCUACAAUGCCACCAAGCCCAUCAACUACAACCACAACUCAUCCAUAGUCCUGGUACAGACAGAUAAAGCCAUAUAUAAGCCUGGACAACAAGUGCGUAUCCGUGUGGUAAAUGUGAAUAAAGACUUACAGCCACUGUAUGAACCGCUGACUGUGACAGUUGUGAAUGCCAAAAACAACAAGUUAGAGGAGUAUAAAGAUGUGAAAACCGCCAAUGGUGUGAUAGAAGAAAUAUUUCAACUUUCUGAUUUCCCAUCACUGGGCCAGUGGCAGAUCCAAGUCAUGUCAGGCAGUAAAAGGAUUCAAUCCUACUAUUUCACUGUUGAAGAGUUUGUACUGCCUAAAUUUUCUGUUGAGGUCAAGGCCAGUCAGAGUUUUUUAGUGUCCACGGACCCAAACAGUAGAUCAACUCUUGUAGUUGAGUCAAAAUACACAUAUGGUAAAGGUGUACAAGGCUCCUGUAAAGUUACACUGAGUUUUGCCAGCAAAGCAAUAACUCUACAUAAGGAACUGUCAUCUGCUGGCCAGGCAGAGUUUAAUGACAUCAGCUGGUCAAGUCUGAUGGCGAUUGGUGAUGUGGGCAGUAUCUCCGUCAAGGCCGAGGUACUUGAUGAAACAGGCCGUACAGAAACAGGGGUGACCACCAUAAACCUGUACAAACACAAGGUUGCCCUUCAGAUUUUGGACACUUCCACUGUAGUGCUGAGGGAAGGGAUACCAGCACAUAUUAAUGUCAAAGUGUCAGAUCAUGACGGUAAUGCUGUAUCACCUGUUGAAGUGGUUGUGAGCGUAGAUCAUUCUGGCACUGGUUUUACAAACUACCAGACCACAUUGCAAGUCCCAGCAGGGGAGACCACUGUCAGCACCACUUAUACUCCCACCCUUAAAGACGGCUCCUCAAUAAGUAACUAUUGGUAUUCCGAUCCUUCUGGUUCAAUAACGGCUUAUCUUGUCUCAAACAGUGAUAUCUCAAGCCAGAUGACAGUUUAUAAAUACCAGUCUAAACAGGGACAAUCUAUUGCUAUACAUCCAGUCCACGGCACGAAUCUUGUUUUGGGACAGGAAGCAGAAUUUGUCCUAAUUAGAAAGGUCAAACAAAACAACAAUCAAAGUGCUGGUUAUAUUGUUGUUAGCCAAGGAAACAUCAUAGAUGCAGGACCAAUUGCAGGUGAUAAACUUCACCUGUCACCAACCCUGGGGUACUCACCCACUGCCAAGCUACUGGUCUACAUGAUUGUUGGCAGCAGGCAAGAAUCUGAACUGGUCGUUGACACCAUUCAGUUGUCUGUGGCUCGGAAAUACAAGAAAGAGGUUAGUGUCCUGUUUGACUCGCGUGAAACCAGAACAGGGACAGACGUGGACAUGAACGUGGAUGUGUCACGGACUGACGGAUCUAAUGAUCUGCCAGGUGUGCAUGACGUCUACUACCUGGCAGUAGACAAGAGCAUCAUUUUACUCCAGGGGGGCACCGACCUUAAUAAGGCCAAGAUACUUGAUGGUCUGUCCAGUUUUGACAUCAAAGAAAACUCUGAGAGAAGUGUGCCUUAUUCAGCUUAUACAAUCCUCAAAGGUAUAACCAUCACUUGGCUUACGCCUGUUACUGUGCAGAGAAAGAAAGAUAAAAUUAAUAAAUUCCGCAACAAACUUAAAUUAGUCAGAUUAGGAGAAAAUGUUCAAGAUGUAGCGGCUGCUAAACCUCCAAUUAUGGCUAAAGAUGACCAGUACAAAGUAAUAGAAGCACCAAGAAUACGUAAAGAAUUUCCUGACACUUGGCUGUGGGGCAGUGGGCAAACAAGCAUGCAAGGGAAGAUGAGGACAAGAGUUACCCUCCCUGAUACCAUCACUAGCUGGAUGGUCUCUGCCUUUGCCAUCAACAGGGAAGGGCUGGCUGUCACUGAGAAACCCUUUGAGCUGACAGCCUUUCAACUGUUUUUCCUGUCUAUGAACCUGCCCUACUCCAUCAAGAGAGGGGAGAUAUUUAUCCUCAAGAUAACUGUCUUUAACUACAGGAACCAGAAUGUUAAUGCUGUUGUAGCUUUGGCUAGGAGUGACCAGUUUUCUGUUGAUGGUGCAGAGGAAAACAAUGGAUGGUAUGAAAAACCUGUCUCUAUGCAGGCCAACCAAGCCGCCAGUGUGGAAUACAAGCUGAAUGCCACAAGAGUUGGACAGAUGGACCUGCAUGUCAAAGCAACAGAUGAGGCUGAUGGGCAGCAAGAUGAAGUCAUCAGGAAGCUGCUCGUUAAGCCUGAAGGAGAGGAGAGAUCAAGGGCCUUAACCAAGGUUCUAAUAGUCAGCUCUGGGGACAGCCUCAAUGACACGUUCCACAUCAACUGGCCACAUGAGAAGAUUGUGCCAGACUCCAAGAGGGUGGAGGUUAAAAUUACUGGGGAUAUAUUUGGUCAGGCUUUGUCUGGCUUGGACCGUCUGGUGACCGUGCCCUUUGGCUGUGGGGAGCAGAACAUGAUCACAACAGUGCCCAACAUCUUUGGUCUCAAGUACAUCAGGAGGACAGGGCAGCAGGGACUGGAGCAGACGGAACUUAAGCUCACACAGAACAUGAAGAUAGGUUAUCAGAGACAAAUAGAAAACUACAGACACAAAGAUGGAUCCUACAGUGCUUGGGGGGAGAAAGGGUCAGGAUCCAGCUUUGGAAGUACUUGGCUGACAGCGUUUGUGAUGAGAAGCUUCUCCCAGGCCUCCGAGUUUAUCAGUGUUGACCCUGAAGUCUUGUCCAGUGGCGUCCAGUUCUUGUCUGCCAGACAGAGCAACAAUGGCUCGUUCCAGGAACUGGGGGUGGUCUUCCACUCAGAGAUGCAGUCUGGUACAGCAUCAGGACAUGCCCUGACAGUGUACGUGUUUCUCAGUGUUAUGGAGGCAUCUGCUGCCCUAGCUUCCAAGGACAAGAAGAUUGGCAUGGAGAAUGAGAUGGCCAAGGCCAGCCAGUACAUACUGAAGUACAUCCGUCCUGAGGAGCUACAGGCUUCAGGGAACAAGUUCCUGGCUGCCCUGUCAGCCUACGCCCUCUCCCUCAUCCCACAGCCCACCAAUGAGAUCACGGCCCUCAGGGAUCAGCUCUUGAAAGUUGUCGUAGAUCUAGGGGUACCAUGGCAAGAGGAAGAAGGGAUGAAAGAAAAUCUCAAGAAAGUUGCAGCUCAUGACGGGGCCGUGGACCAGGAUGCUGACCUAGGCCCACCAUACAGACUUCACACCUCCUCCACCAAAGAUCUGGAGAUUGGGGCUUAUCUUCUCUUGGCCUACACCAAGCUGGGUAGAGUCCCGGAUGGUCUGCCCUUGAUGAAGUGGCUACAGUCACAACAGAACAGCAAUGGUGGAUUCCAGAGUACACAGGACACAAUCAUGGUGCUCCAGGCUAUCUCAGAGUUUGGUUCUAUCUUUGGUACCACUAAAGCUGAUGGGUCCAUCACUGUACAGGCUGACAAUAACCAGCCACUCAACCACAGUAUUGCUGGCUCAAGGUCACUGUUGCUGCAGAUUUUCCUGUUGCCAGAAAAUACCCAAGUUGUGAAAGUCAAUCUCAUUGGUUCUAAGUCAGUCGCAGUUGUCAAAGUAGUCUACACAUACCACACGUACGCUGGUGAUGAUGAUGCAGCACCACUGGAUUCUACUUUAUACCUCAGCACCAAGGCAACAAAAAUCUCACCCUAUUUACAUGCUAUUGAGGCCUGUGUUAAAAGCACCAGCCCCUUACAAAACAAAGGCAUGUUUGUGGCCACUAUGAAUCUACCUUCUGGGGAGAGGCCCUAUGAGGACCCAGCUCAAAUCAUGGCCAACAAUCCCAUGGUGUCUAGGGUGGAUACGGAUGAGCAGACCAUCCACUUUUACAUGGAUCAGGCCCCCUCUGGUGAUGGCUACUGUCUGAAGGCCCAUGUGGAGAGGCAGCUGGUGUUUGAGGUACAGAAGCCUGGAGCGGCCAAGUUCUAUCCUUAUUAUGAUCCAGAAAACGGCAAGGAAGUUUCUCUGUCGCUGGACGGGUCCUGUGCCAACAACAAGUGUGACAAAGAUGGCGCCGUGGUGCUCAACGUAGCCAGCCUUCUCCUGACAACCAUCAUUUGUACGCUCAUUAGUCUACUCGCCUGUGUGUGAUUUGGUCCUUGGUACCAGUUUCUUUACAGUACCCGUUAAUUUAAUUAAUUUAUUGAUUUAACUGACUUAACAUUAAUCAGAAAUUGGGACAAAUUACUUUGUAAUAUUUUUAAAAAUACAAUUGAGCUAUAAAUGUAAGAGAUAGAUUUUUUUAUUGUCAGCAGAAACUAAAAUAAACUGUUUAUAUUAACUGUAACUUAACAUAAAAAAUGAAUUGUUGUGUAGUACUGGUACUUAAAUUUAAAAUUUGUAACAAUGAUACAUCACAUUUUUUAACUAGUAUGUUACACAUAAAAAAAAUAUUUUGAACAAUUACGCAUAUAUUUUGUUUGCAGCAAGUUUGGUACACAUAUUUUUUUAAUAACUUUGUUACACAAACAUUUUCCGUACAAGUAUGUUACCCACAAACAAUUUUCCUAGCAAUUUUGCUAGUUAAACAAUUUUUCUGACAUAAUUUUGCCAACAAGUUUAUUCCACAAAUAUUUUUCUAACAAGUUUGCUACAUACAAACAAAUUUCCAACAAAUUUGCUACACACAAACAAAUUUCCAACAAAUUUGCUGCACCCAAACAAAUUUCCAACAAGUUUCCUACACACA